AAAGGAACGCCAACCGAAAGUGGCAUCGUCGGUCGCCAUUUUACAAGUGGAAGUGAGACUCGCAUUAGUCAGCAGUGUUCGUCUGUCGAGAACCUAAAAAUUAUUGAAUUCUUUUGUUGUUACCAUUGUCAUUUUCAUAUUUUCUCAUUGAUUUUAACAAUCGUCAUAGUAUUAAAACAAUCACUACUCCCCAAACCCCUUCUACCUCGUGAGACGACUCCCUUUUCCCCGACGAGAAUUUUAUCAUUGUAGUUUUUUUUUCGACACAACGGUUCGAUACACCAACAGUUGGAGGUGCGACAACCAGCGUUGAUGAUUGGGAUUCCGCGGGACGACCGGCAUAAAAUCACGGUUAAAAUCCGAAAUAAUAACAUGAAGCGGAGCUCAUCUCGUGACACACCACCACCCAGAGUCAAGCGCAGCAGAUCAUCAAUGGGAAGAUAUGACGAAUCAAGUGAUGAGCGUAUAACCCCGGACAGAAUUCGUCGUCGCAGCCGAGGUGCCCGCAGUCCAAGUCCUCCGCCCCGUGCCUCAUCCCACGCCCGCUACGUCGAAUCCUCAUCCCAUCGUGACGAGUACCUGCGGCCACCAGCUCGUGAGAUUCCCCCUGAGCGCCAGUACAGCUACAAAGUCCUCUGUGUCUCCUCAAUUCAUCAAAAAGCCAGUGAUGAGAUAAUAAAGGACACCCUCUACCGUGAAUACAAGAAAUUCGGUGAAUUCUCAAUUCGCAUUUCCCAUGAACUCGACGACCGAGUUGCCUUCGUCUGUUUCCGAAGCUCCGAAGACGCGAGAGAUGCGAAGCACGCGAAACCCCGAAUAAUUAUCUACGACAAAGUUGCCAUUGUCGAGCCAGUCUACGAGAGGCCAGAAACGUAUCGUCGAGCCCGUUCAAUCAGUCCACCAGAGUACGACAGAUACUAUGCACGUUCACCAGGGCCUGAACGUCAUCGACCAAUUGAACGUUACGAGAGAGUCUAUGGUCCACCAGUGGGUAUACCCCCACACAGAGAAAUGCGUCGGGAGGCUAUUCCUCCACCUCAUCAUGACUUUGUCCGUCCACCAAUGCAUCAUGGACCGCCACAUGUUCAUCAUCCUGGUGGUCCACCUCAUCACUACGGUCCCCCUCGUCACAUGAUGAUUCGUCACCCUGUUCACGGUUUUGAAAGAGUGGAAAACAAGAAGGACAAGUUUCCAAAUUAUCUGCAUCACGUCUCUCCAGAGGACGAUCCCUUGGCUACGAGAACCCUUUUCGCUGGGAAUCUGGAGAUAAACAUCACUGAGGAGGAGCUUCGUAGGAUUUUUUCAAAGUACGGAAUUGUCGAUGAUAUUGAUAUCAAGAGACCACCACCAGGUACCGGUAAUGCCUACGCCUUCGUGAGAUUCCAAACCCUGGACAUGGCACAUCGUUGCAAGGUUGAAUUAUCAGGACAGUAUAUCGGUAAGUUCCAAUGCAAAAUUGGGUACGGCAAGGCGACACCCACAACGAGAAUCUGGGUGGGGGGAUUGGGCCCGUGGACAUCAGUGCCUCAGUUGGAACGAGAGUUUGACAGAUUUGGGGCGAUCAAGAAGAUUGAUUAUAUCAAGGGAGAUAGCAAUGGCUACAUUUUGUAUGACUCGAUUGAUGCUGCACAAGCUGCUGUCAAAGAGAUGAGGGGAUUCCCUCUGGGGGGACCUGACAGAAGGCUCAGAGUGGACUUUGCUGAUGUGACACCCGGAUUUGGCUUCAAGCCGAGACCCUACUCUGAGGAAAAUUCUGGGGAAUUCAGACAGAGGCCAGUUGAUUACGAAGCUUACGAGAGUUACGGAGGGGAGACAGAGUUCACUUAUGGCUCGAGGGGUUUCCGGGGUGGUAGAGGUGGUUGGCAUGAGCGCCGCGGUGGAAGGGGUGGGUCCAGUGCAAGUUAUCGGAAUACUUAUCCCGAGGGUUAUGUGAGGGAGGAGACAGAGUGGCCAAGCAGGCGACCACCACCAGAUAUUGAAUACGAGGCACCGAGACUGCGACGAUCGAUAUCGAGGGAACCCGGCGUCGACAGAUCAAGAUCGAGAUCACCGAGAAGACGGCCUAUUGAUUCAGACUCGGAUUCAGAGACCACGAGAACUGGAAUGCUGUCAACAUCAAGGACAUUGGCUGAAGUUGCCAGAAAAGCCAUCGCUGUUUGGUCAGGAGCUCUUAUCCUCAAGAAUUCACUCUUUCCAGCCAAGUUUCAUCUCACUGAUGGUGAUACUGAAAUUAUUGAGGCACUGAUGAAGGACGAGGAGGGCAAGCACAUGUUGAGAAUCACCCAGAGGCUCAGACUUGAUCAACCAAAAUUGGAUGAUGUUUCAAAACGAAUUCAAACGUCCAGCUCACAUGCUAUUUUCUUGGGUCUCGCUGGCUCCAGCACUGCUGUCACUAAUGAGGAUGCCAAUGUUCAGACAAGACCACUCAGAAAUUUAGUAUCUUAUCUCAAGCAGAAAGAGGCCGCUGGAGUUAUUUCAUUGCUUAAUAAGGAUACUGAGGGCACUGGGGUGCUUUAUGCUUUUCCUCCUUGUGCCUUUUCCACUGAGUUGUUGAAGAGAACUUGUCCCAGUUUGAGUGAAGAGGGCCUCAAGGAGGAUCAUCUGGUUAUUGUUGUUGUCAAGGGGGGAAGCGCAUAAAUUGAGGGGGGAUACAGUCUUCCUGGAAUUUUACAUUGGAGUUUUUUACACGAUUCGAUGUGACAUUUUUUUUUAAUUCUCUUCCGAAAUUUCACGGUGUGAAAACGAUGAGGGGAGGGGGUGAGUGAUUAUUUGACAGCAAGUCCGAAAUUUGUGCAGGGGGGGGGGGUAUUGUAAUGAAACAACGUAUGUUUUUCGUUGAAUACUAUAUUGGGUCGUUGAGGUAUUGUAGCUGGGAUCGGCCCUUGUUUCUUCAUUUUAUUAAUUUUUAAUUAAUUGAGAAUUGAGGUAAAAUAGAGUGGAUAAGCCAGUGACAUUGGUUUAGCCCCUUUACCUUAAUUCGUAUGGGAAUUAAAAAUGAUAAUGCACUUAUAUAUGAAGUACAUUUAUAUAUGAAUUAGAAUAAGGUAGACAGAAACCUGAGGAGAAAACAUGAAAUUAAUGGAGUAUUGAUUAAUUCAAUGGUGAAAUAGAAAACCCGUUCAAAUUGACUCGGUUCGCGGCUGCUUUUUCACGGAAUAUUUCGGCAUGUAAGAGAGAUAACAAAAUUAAUAAAUAAAUUUUUUUUUGACGAGUACAUUGGGCGCUGCAAAAAAGAUCGAGACAAAACAUUUGGGAUCGCCCUUAGAUCGCGAGAUAUUCAGUGAAAGCUAGCCAACAGUCAAAAUGAACUGACAUCGUUUCACCAUUUUGCUGUUGAAUCGUAUAAUUAGGUUUAAUGACUAAUCAGCAUAAGUGAUUUUUCAUUUUUUUCUCCCCCUUGUCAUGUUCACUCAUUAUAGGAAGAUUUACACAUGUGUGACGUAAACUAGUUAAGUGAUUGUGUCAUUGAAAUGAGAUAAAAACACCAAUUGAGGAAUAAUGUGAAUAAGUUUCAGUUGAGUUGAAUGAAACGAUAAAAAACUGUGGAUUUUGGACAUUAUGGAGGCAAAUUGAGAUAAUCGACAGUUUCUUUUGGACACUGUGACCCUAGUGGUGGUGAAUGUUCAAAGUUAGUUUAACCCUGAUGAAUUGUGACGCGAAAAAAAAACCAAAAAUAUUUUCCUGUCAGGGGGAAAGUAACAGCGAUGAAGUCCACAUGUUUAGAGGAGGGAUUCAUAUUUUUUUUUAUUUAUCGGAUAUAGUGGUUCAAGUGCAGAGUCGCUGUGUACGUGGAUAACUGAAUUUGACGAUUAAUCAAGAGAAUUUCUAUAUGAAAUUAAUCACGAAAAAAACAAAAAAAAAAUAGGAAAUGAAUAGUUGAGGGAUUCUUGUGUACAGUGAUGUAAAAACGAUUUAUUCAAAAAAAAAGGAAGAUUUCUUGAAGAUGAAAACAAAUUCGAUAAAAGUGAUUUGUUCGUGCACUCGUCGACGUCUCAGAGGUAUCGGGAACCGUGUAAACCGAAAUGUUAUUUUUCCAUUGUGUUUCAAAGCAUAAAAGCCAUUGAAUGUUUUUUUUCUACUUGGUGAAGUGCCCCGAUGUCCAAAGAGCGUCGACGAGCCAUAAAAAGGUGCAGUGGAAUAAAAAAGUGUAUCAGGUGUGUCUGGAAGAUGCAAAAUCUUUAUCAUUAUGAGAAAAAAAUAGAUGCACCAGAUAAAAAAUAAA